AAAUAAACUUCUCUUCAUUAAAACCAUCCACUUGUGGUAUUUCUGUUAUAGCAGUACUAGAUGACUAAGACACAUGUCUUGUCAGGGAUGUAGCAACCAAGCAAGAACUUGAAACUACUCUGUUUCCACGUAGCAGGAGACCCGUGAGGUCCAGUUAAUUUAAUGUCACACUGAGAUACAGAAUUUAGGCAUCUUAGAAAUGGGGCGAAUAAAAUUUUGUGGAAUUAAGGAAUGACCACCCCCUAAAGAGGGCUACUACAAAUAAAGAAGCUGAUUCCCCUGACCUCUUUUUUUUCCUACACGAUUCAACUAAACAAAAUGAAUAUGGGUAUCUAUCUAGUCUCCACUAGGUGCUGGUGAUACAACAGUGAAUAAGCCAAGAUACAUGACCCUGGUAUAUGAGUCUAGUGGGAGAGAACAGACACGUAAAUACAUCUGAAGAACCACAAAUGUACAACAUACACAUUUAAGCUCAGAAAAGCUAUAGAAAGCAAAGGCCAGCCUAUCAAAUACUCACUGAGCUUAGCGUGUAGUUCAAAGUUUAACUGUAUGAUUUUAUUUUAAAGUAGCAGUAGCAAUUACACAUCUGUAUGUAUAUCAUCCCAUUCAAAAUGGUUACCUUACUCGCUUAAUCACUUACAUGGUUAUUCUAAUUAUGUUACUAUUCUAGACAACUAUAGGGAACUCAUUUCUCCAGCACAUCUUUGAUUUUUGCAGACAGCCAAAAAUACUUCGGGUCCCAUGUGAAUGAGUAAAGUAAGCAAUAAACCCUUUGAGAUCAAUAAAAUGGUGAUUCCUAAAAAGUAACAGGAAAUUUUAUUGUGGUUUAUAAAUAUCUCUGAAGGAAACUUCCAAAACAAUGAAAAAUUGAUUUGAGUGAUAGUUACAUAGUCUACAUUUUAAAUAUUAUCUUCCGUGGUGACCACUUGCAAGAAUGACACUUAAAUAAAUUCUAGCAUAUGUGUUUAAAAAAAGUGUGACUACUUUUAUUGUCAUACUUUAACUAGGAUUUUUAAAAAAAUAAUUUUUAAUUAAAUGAGGAUUUAAAAAAAAACCCAAAACCUCUUAUCUGAAAUACCAUGUAAUAAGAUUUUUCUUCCUAAACAAUAAGGAUCAGGUAUCGCAUAUGGUUACUGUCUUAAACAAAAGAAACCUCCAGCGCAGCAAAAGAAUCCCACUAUCUCUAACUCCCAAAUAAUAUUACUAUUACCAAAAAACAAAAAGGCCUUUGAAAACAAUGGAAGGGUAAGAUGUUUCCCAAAUACUAACAUUUUAGAUUUUAUUUCUCUUUGAAUUGCUUGGAAGAAGUUCUACUUUUAACAAAGCAUGAAGUGACUAAGAUCUUUUUUCCUUUACUCUUUAUCACUUCUUAAGAGGCCAACAAGGGGGAAAUCCCAGUUAAUCCCUUCCUGCUGCAGGGGAACAGCAUUAAUCCUAGAUCCACUAACAUCCUUGGAAGAGCUAACGGUAGCUGAGUAAAGAGGGGAAGAAAAAAAAAAAUUAUGGGGCACUGUAAAAGGGAAGUUGUAUCAGAAAUAUUAAAAGGACUGUGUAAAUACAUGUAUUUUUAAAAAAACUUUAUAAUCCAUGACACAUUCCAUGUAGGACUUAAUUUAUUCUUUGCAUUGAAAGCCUAGCUGUUACUAGCAUAUUUUUUCAUUUAUAGGCAAUGUUCAACUUUUUUUUAUCAGCUACUACACAAAUUAAAAGCAUAUGACAAAGUUAAUGGGCAAAGAAAGUAAUUUAAAUGUAAAAAGAAAAAUUGGGGUUUGUUUCUCAAACAAACACAUCUGUUUUACUGAGGCUAAAAUCUUUUAAUUUCUAGAUUUUUAUGCAUGAAAAGAUAUAUAUUCUGCUUGAUUUAGCGAUCAAAAACCUCACUUGCUACUUAACAAUUCUUUUUAUUUAUAUUACCUCUUUUUUGGUUCCCUAAUAAAAUGCCCACAAUGAUUAUUCAAAAAACAUAUUUAAGUCCCUAUCCCAGUAUCUCUCUUCUCAUAGGAGAUAUAACUCUGGCAUCAUGAACUAGGUGGUAGAAGACUGCAAUUUGAAUUUUGGCCCUGUGCCAAGAAAACAAGAGCACAGAAGAAAAGCACUGGAAUAGGAGUCAAAAUCCCUGGGCUGAAAUCUUAGCUCUACUACCUUAGCCUUGAAACUUUGGGCAAAUCGCAAGAUUUCUCUGAUCUCUCUGAUCCUCCAUGUGCCUCAGAUGCACAAUGAAUAUUAUGAGGAUUGGGUAAAAUAAUUUACAGUACACAAAUAAAAUUUCUUAUAUAAAAUAGUAAGCAAAAAGAUAUAAAGUAACAUAUAAAAUGGUAAUAACAAUAAAACUACAUAAACACACAGACACUCCAAAAGGAAGAGCACACAAAAGGCUGUACUAGGUUUUCCUAAAAAACAAAAUGCUUGUUCCCAACUUUAUGCCAUCCUUUGGAUCUGAAAUAUCCGAGGGUCUCUAAUCAAGAUUAUGCAAAUCCAAGCCAUUCUUUGAAUUAAAGCCCAAAUAAAUACCACCUCCUCCUGCACACCCUGGUGGAGCAAUGGUUAAGCGCUUGGCUGCUAACCAAUAAGUCUACUCAACUAGAACCCACCAGCCGCUCUGCUGGAGAAAAGACCUGGCGAGAGUAACCUUGUCUGAUGUGACCAUUAACCCUUCUGGAAACGCAGCAGGCAGUUCUCUGAGGUUUCUCAUUAGAAUGUGAGAAGAGCCACACAGAGAUUGCAGACUAUAUAAAGGCUGUUUGAUUGACUUUGAGAGUCACUGCUCUCCAUGUCAGUGUGGCAGAAAAAUGAGAUUUCAAGAAUUCUUUUUUGUAUUUUUCACUUUUAUGGUAAGUCUUCUCCUUAUCAAAGGACAGAGACCAGUUAAUUUUGCCAUGAGGAGGAAGCUGCACAGACACAACUGCCUUCAGAGGAGAUGGAUGCCUCUCCAUUCUCAAGUGCUGUUCCCCUGAGAUGUCUGUAGGUAACUUCAGUCUGCCAGCAGAAGAGGACUGUAGGAGAGGUACCAACCUAUCCACCCAAGACAACUUCAUUAUGGCAGUAGUGUGAUUGUUUAGAAGUUCCUGUCCUAAAAACAACUGUUUGAAAGCACCUGAUAUAGUUUAUUAGUUUCAUAGGAUUUUCUUCUUCCUGGCUUCUCUUUAGAGGGAAAAGUAACAUAAACUCAAGUGAUUCCAGUCUGAAACAAUUCUUUGCCUGUAUAGCAAAAAUUUCUCAUCUUCGUUUUCUGUAUAUCACUCUUCUUUUUUUUUAAUUGUACUUUAGAUGAAGGUUUACAGAGCAAAUCAGUUUCUCAUUAAACAACUAAUACACAUAGGUUGUUUUGUGACAUUGGUUGCCAACA